AUGGCGGAGCUACAGCAACUGCAGGAGUUUGAGAUCCCCACGGGCCGGGAGGCCUUGAGGGGCAACCACAGCUCCCUGCUGCGAGUCGCAGACUACUGCGAGGACAACUACGUGCAGGCCACUGACAAGCGAAAAGCGCUGGAGGAGACCAUGGCUUUCACCACCCAGGCCCUGGCCAGCGUGGCCUACCAGGUGGGCAACCUGGCUGGACACACCCUGCGUAUGCUGGACCUUCAGGCGGCUGCCCUGCGGCAGGUGGAAGCCCGUGUGAGCACACUGGGCCAGAUGGUGAACAUGCAUAUGGAGAAAGUGGCCCGAAGGGAGAUUGGCACCUUAUCCACUGUUCAGCGUCUGCCCCCCGGCCAGAAAAUCAUCGCCCCUGAGAGCCUGCCUCACCUCAUGCCCUACUACAGGAGACCCCUCAACUUCAGUUGCCUGGAUGACAUUGGCCAUGGGAUCAAGGAUCUGAGCAAGCAGCUGUCGCGGACCGGGACCUUGUCUCGUAAGAGCAUCAAGGCGCCUGCUACUCCCGCCUCUGCCACCCUAGGGAGAGCGCCCCGGAUCCCUGAGCCCGUGCAGCCCCCCGUGGUGCCCGAUGGCAGACUCUCCGCGGCCUCCUCUGCCUCCUCCCUGGCCUCGGCUGGCAGCACCGAAGGUGUUGGUGGGGUCUCCAUGACCAAGGGGCAGGCAGCCCCCCCACUGCCACCCCCACUCCCCCCUGCUGCCCCUGACUUCUUCCCGAUACCCCCUUCGUUGGAGAAACUGCCUCUGCCCCCACCGGCCCCAGAGCUGCCCAUGCCCCUCGACCUGCCCCCUCCUCCACCCCUGGAUAUAGAUGAUCUGGAGCUGCCACCUCCACCCCCACCGGGCUUUGGGUCCGAAGAGCCCAGCUGGGUCCCUGAUGCGUACUUGGAGAAAGUGGUGACACUGUACCCAUACACCCGCCAGAAGGACAACGAGCUCUCCUUCUCUGAGGGCACAGUUAUCUGCAUCACCCGACGCUACUCUGAUGGAUGGUGUGAGGGUGUCUGCUCCGAGGGGUCUGGAUUCUUCCCUGGGAACUAUGUGGAGCCCAUCAGCUGA